UGGGCUGUCAGUGAAUGCGAGUUCACGACUGACCCCCAAAACCGGAACGGCUUCUGCACUUUGGAUCAGUUCUGUUGCAAAGGCUUUGCUGUCAAUAAUCUCUGCUCUAAUGGCGGUGUCUGUUGUUAUGGCACUUAUGACUGCUCUUCAGAUUCAAACCCCAGUGUACAGCAAACUGUGAGCCCCUGUCCAUCGAUAAUAGGCCGCCAGCGAUGGAAAGCUAGGAAUCCGUCGAAAAUGAUCGCUAGUAUAGCACCGGCUGAGCAUAUAUUCAUUCAUCACACGGACGACGGAAAUACAUGUUAUAGUGAGGACUCGUGUGCCCUCAGGAUCCGAUCCCUUCAGAGCUAUCAUCAGCUGAACAAAGGCUGGACAGACAUCGCCUGGAAUUUCAUUAUCGGAGGUAACGGACAGGUGUUUGAAGGUCUGGGUUGGACUAAAGAGGGUUUCCAUACCCUUGACUGGAACCACAACUCCAUAGGCAUUGCAUUCAUCGGUAAUUUUAAUGACGAAAAGCCGUCCGAAGAGAUGUUGGACUCACUCCACAAUCUGAUAGCUUGUGGUCUAAGGAAUGGCUUUCUUCGCAAACAUUACAAAAUUCAUGGGCACCGGGAUGUGAGGGAGACUUCGUGUCCGGGCGAGUACCUGUAC